AUGUCUAGUGUUGGAGCAGCGUACAUUACUAGACAGCCUCGUGAUUACGAUAUGAACAAUACAUUUGCUUUAAUGGGAAAUGAACAUUUCUUACGUGCUUGGAAAUUAGAAGAAGAAAAUUGUGAAUGCACAGGUUCACAUUACACAGCUCUUACCGAUACAAGAUUAUUACUACGAACCAUGAAUACAAAAUGUUGUAGUUGUUGUUGUGAACCAGGCCAUGUAGAUACUUCAAUAUUUUUACGUGAUAUAUCUGUCGUACGUGAAGCAACUGAAACUGAAGAUUGUUGUUCUCGCUCAUGUGGUGGAUGUUGUGGAUGUUGUGGCUGUUGCUGUAAUGGAGAAAAACACAUCGAAAUACGAGGUUCAUUUGGUUCUGAAGUUAUUCACGUAGCUAAAGCAGAUACAAUAAAGGUACAAAAUGAAAUUCCAGCAGCAAUUGGUAAUCACAAACUUGUUAGUCAAUAUUAA